UUUGCAUCUUCGGCGCACGAUAUUAAAUGUAUGGCCUGGGGCUAGAAUAUAUCACAAAAGAUAUAAAUCAUUUUCAAUCCCAAUGAAAGUUUGACGAUAAUAUAAUACUGUAUUGCAUUUGAUAAACUAAACCAUGAAAAUUAAUAAAACCUUCCCUUGCUAGCUGCAGCGAGUGGUAAAAAAUAUGAUACUGCAGCUUGUUUCGGCUAUAAAAACGGUUUUGCCGUUGCAGUGCCCUCACGUUAGCCAUUUACUUGAUCAAAUUUGGAGCCGGCUGCAAACAUUUAUUAAAAAUUUAUUCUGGAUUCUUGUUCAGCGCUUAUAAAACUGCUGACUUAAUUUCUCACGCUGCGAUCUACAUAAUUUUUAAAACUACAUUAUUGUUCUCACAGUCGUAAUUAUUAUCAGAAACUUUUGAAAUAAAGCAAAAAUCUGAAUUAACCAAAGGCAAACAUCGCUUUUACGGAAAUACUGAUUUUUGCGGAUUCUAUAGCUCUAUAGCUAUUUCAGCAGUUUAAAAAAACAUAAUAUUAGGUAGUCCAGAAUGCGACACCUUAUUACACAACUAAAAUUUUGUGAGAGACAUAAUUCUAAAUUUUAGCAACAAAACGAAAAAUCAUGUAAGGAAUUUUGUAAAUUCUGUUGAUUGUUUAUUGUUAAUCCCUAAAAAUUUUAAAUAUCUGUAGGGUAAGCCAGCCACGAUCUUGAUGAACCAAAAUGAAUGUGUGAUGCACGUAUGAAUGUAAAAUCAACGACCGAAGUUUACAUGAACGCAUGAAUGGGUAAUUGAUUGAGUGACUGAAAAAAUUGGGUAUACGUUCCAUAAACAUGGCGUAUGUACUUUAGUACAGCCAGUAAAUAACAUGGCAAAUACUAUACGUCAGUACGUGGCAAAACUGUUCGGUAAUCAAAUUCUGGGGCAGAGACGUUAAAUAGUCCAUAAGUACUAAAUGUAUUAUGGAGAUUUUAUGUUGUUCUUUCUACGGCAUCAUGCUUAACGAAGUCUAACGCCUGCGUUGGCGCGUAAAGACCGGCAAUGUCAUUUGCAGAAUGUGCAUUUUUACACCCCGUUAAAGUCCUGAUGCUUGAUGUAAAUUUUAUGUGUAUCCAGCAUGUAUCCAGCACGUCCUUUGGGGUAUGAUCAUCCGCUAACUAGUGCUUCCCGUAGAGCGAUAUGCGGGAUGAAUGUAGCGGAAGUUAAUCAAGUGCUGUGUUUUCUAAUCUCUCCCUCCACAAUAACCGUAUAUAGGUCUUCGCAAUUUCAUGCUGGCUGUCAGUCGCAUAUAAAAAUGCUACACGCGGCGAUAAAUGCUGCAUUUAGUAAAUUGUAAUGGAGAUGGCUAUUCUUGUAUUCCAUUUGGGGUUGGACGGCUGCAACAAGCGGCAAAAUAUUUUCGCUCUGUACCCGGCUCUAAAUGAGUCUUAUGCAAAUCUUUUGUAUCGACGGAUUUGUUUGGCAUCCAUAGUGUAAAUAUUUCUGAAAACUAUGGAGGAAGAUUUUGUGGGAUGGGAAUCAUACGAUGAUGGGAAGGAAGAAAAGCACCACAAUAAAGCGCGCCAUUCCGUUACGAGGGCGCCCGAGAGGAUCAGGUCCAAUAGCGUUGUGGAGAAGCUUAAGAGAUUAUUCAGGAUUGCAAAUGAAGAUCCGGAUUUGGAAGAUUUAGAUCUCCACGUUAGUCGUUAUAUGCCCACAAGUCUGGAUGCCCUUACGAAAAGCACCAAGUUUUCGCGGAAAGAACUGCAGUUUAUAUACCGAAGUUUCAAGCAAGACUGCCCAACGGGAAUCGUUACUGCUGAAAAAUUUAAAGAGUUAUAUGCACAGUUUUUUCCUUUAGGAGAUGCGACACUCUUUGCCAAGCAAGUUUUUCAAUGCAUGGACCACGAUAUGGAUGGAAAUGUGAACUUUGAGGAAUUUGUCGUCAUGAUGUCAGUAUUAUCACGCGGAAGUUUAGACGAAAAACUGCAGUGGAUCUUUAAUCUGUAUGACGUCAAUGGAGAUGGGCAGGUGACCUUAGAGGCGAUGCUUACGAUCGGGACAUCGAUUUACGACCUGCUGGGGAAGCAUUCAGAGCCGCCAAUUUAUGAGAAUAGCGUAAAGGAUCACAUCUCGAAAAUUUUUACGAAGAUGGAUUUGAAUCAAGAUGGAAUCGUCACCUUUGAUGAGUUCAAAAACGUUUGCAUAAAUGAUGAAAAGAUUAGAAGGAAUCUCACCGUUUUCGACACAUUUCUGUAAAGCCACUGCACAAGAAAUGCACUACUGCACCAUUCCUUUUGCAUCUUGCCAAAAAGACUUCUCAUACCUGGAUCCGUCCUUUACAGUGGAGCUGUGUGUACGACAACUUAUUUAAACAGUUUAUUGUAAAUUAAACAAAAUUCUGGACAAGCUGAUUUACGGUGUGAUGCAUAUUUGUUUCAAGCCCAUCAAGUGUAAUGCAUUUUUUGCUCAUUAGACAUUAUUGAAGGACAGUUGCGCAAGUGUUCAAUUAGCACAAAGUACAAACUCUUGAUAUUUGGCCGAUAUCGGUUAUGAGAAUCGGUACUUGCAUAACUGCGUCUAAACAGAAUUUAAAAUUAUUAUUAGAACGUCAUUGUAUCCGAACCGUGUAACGUGCCUCAUAAAGUAAAAACUGCUAGUGCUCUAGUGUAUCCAACUAAUCCGAGGAUCAGCAGCAGACGAGGUAGCACCUAAUCCCUGAGCGCUUGGCUUCAUCACAACUGAGUGCGAACGACGGAAUAACGAAGAGAGAUUCUGAUGUUCACAAGUAUCCAUUGACUGGUGUCUGUGGAGCAUGUUGCGUGCUAACUGCUGAUCACAGUAUCAAACUUUCCAAAAACUGAGACAAUCUGCGGAUCCUGUAAUGAAAAUUGUUGACAACAUAGUCUGUUACUGACAGCAGGCGACAUAAACAUUGUCCUACUGUCGUACAUUCUGGCACGCUUCCGUGAAUUCGGCAAAGGUUAUCGA